ACACAUUGACUCUCUUCUACAAAGAGUCUGGUCACACUCAUGGCCAUCCUCCAUCUUUCUCUUCCUCUUAUCGUCUCUUUCCUUCGUCCUCACGCCUCUCCUCGCUUCUUCCUCCUCCCUCGCUCUCUUUCUCAUUCCCCUUUUCUCUCCCGCCGCCGAUUUCACCGUACCUCCGCCGUUUCCUCCGCCGCUGUUCAUCACCAAUCCUAUCGUAAGCCCGACGAUGAUGUCACCCGCGCUGCGUCUGUUCCUACAUUCCAACAAGCGAUUCAGCGUCUCCAGGAAUAUUGGGCUUCCGUCGGAUGUGCCGUUAUGCAACCAAGUAACACUGAGGUCGGAGCUGGCACCAUGAAUCCUUGUACCUUUUUGAGGGUUCUUGGUCCUGAACCAUGGAAUGUUGCUUAUGUUGAGCCAAGUAUACGUCCUGAUGACUCUCGCUAUGGAGAGAACCCAAAUAGGCUUCAAAGACACACUCAAUUUCAGGUCAUAUUGAAACCUGACCCUGGAAACUCUCAACAGCUCUUUAUCAACAGUCUUUCUGCUUUAGGUAUUGAUGUGACUGCACACGAUAUACGGUUUGUAGAAGACAACUGGGAGAGCCCGGUGCUUGGUGCUUGGGGGUUGGGCUGGGAGAUUUGGAUGGAUGGUAUGGAAAUCACACAAUUUACUUACUUCCAGCAGGCUGGAAGUCUUCCGUUGUCUCCAGUAUCUGUUGAAAUCACUUAUGGGCUUGAGCGCAUCAUCAUGUUGCUUCAGGAAGUUGACCAUUUCAAAAAGAUCUUAUAUGCUGAUGGAAUCACCUACGGGGAGCUUUUCUUGGAAAAUGAGAAGGAAAUGAGCUCAUAUUAUUUAGAGCAUGCUAGCGUGGACCGCCUUCAAAAGCAUUUCGAUUAUUUUGACGAAGAAGCACGUUCCUUGCUUGCCUUAGGACUUCCAAUCCCUGCGUAUGACCAGCUUCUGAAGACGUCUCACGCUUUUAACAUUUUAGAUGCUAGAGGUUUCAUUGGUGUAACUGAACGUGCUCGUUAUUUUGGAAGAAUGCGCAGCUUGGCUCGCCAAUGUGCCCAACUGUGGUUAGCGACACGUGAGUCUCUUGGACAUCCUCUUGGUGUUGUCUCCGAACCAGUUCCUCCCGUUUGUCACAGAGCUGCUUUGGAAAAAGUGGCUGAAAAGGUUCCUGAAGAUCCAAGAUCGUUUAUUAUCGAGAUAGGGACUGAAGAGAUGCCACCUCAAGAUGUUAUCAAUGCUAGUGAACAACUCAGGGUCUUAGUGCUAGAAUUACUAGAGAACCAAAGAUUGCGGCAUGGUGCUGUGAAGGCAUUUGGCACACCUCGCAGGCUAGUGGUUUUAGUAGAUGCUAUGUCUUCUAAGCAGCUGGAAGAGGAGGUUGAAGUUCGAGGACCCCCUGCUUCUAAAGCUUUUGAUGAUCAAGGAAAUCCUACAAAGGCUGCAGAUGGUUUUAGCCGUAGAUAUGGCGUUCCAUUGGAAAAAUUGUACAGAAAAGUUUCUGGGAAGACAGAAUAUGUCCAUGCACGAGUUACAGAGCCAGCUCGACUUGCUUUGGAGGUUCUGUCAGAAGAUUUACCUGGUAUACUGGCUAAAAUAUCGUUCCCAAAGUCGAUGCGUUGGAACUCUUCAGUAAUGUUUAGCAGGCCGAUUCGCUGGGUUAUGGCCUUACAUGGGGAUCUGGUUGUGCCAUUCUCCUUUGCUGGCAUCUCAAGUGGAAAUGUAUCUUGUGGACUUCGCAAUACUGCUUCAGCAUCACUAUUUAUACAGAAUGCAGAAUCUUAUGAAGAUGCUAUGAGGAAUUCUGGAAUCAAUAUUGAGAUUGAGGAAAGGAAGAAAAUCAUUCUUGAGAAGUCAAAUGCACUAGCUAAGAGUGUGAAUGGGCGCCUUGUUGUCCCGCAGAACUUACUUAAUGAGGUUGCAAAUCUCGUCGAAGCUCCUGUGCCCUUAAUUGGAAAGUUCAAGGAAUCAUUCUUAGAACUUCCAGAGGAGCUAUUAACUAUUGUUAUGCAGAAGCACCAGAAGUAUUUUUCUAUUAUUGAUGAGAGUGGACAGCUAUUGCCUUACUUUAUUGCUGUUGCCAAUGGUGCAAUAAAUGAGGAUGUGGUGAAGAAAGGAAAUGAAGCAGUUCUCAGGGCACGUUAUGAAGAUGCGAAGUUCUUCUAUGAGGUGGACACAAGGAAAAGGUUUUCUGAAUUCCGAGAUCAGCUACAGGGAAUUCUUUUCCAUGAAAAGCUGGGGACAAUGCUGGAUAAGAUGAACCGCCUAAAAAAGAUGGUAUCUAAGCUUUGUUUGGCCCUCGAAAUUGAUGAAGAUCUGCUUCCGGUUGUAGAGGAUGCUGCCUCACUUGCUAUGUCAGACCUUGCAACUGCUGUAGUUACAGAAUUUACUGCUCUGUCAGGAAUAAUGGCUCGUCAUUAUGCUCUCAGAGAUGGCUAUUCAGAGCAGAUAGCAGAAGCUUUGCUGGAAAUUACACUUCCUAGAUUUUCUGGAGACGUCAUCCCAAAAACAGAUGCAGGAAUGGUUUUGGCAAUAGCGGAUAGAUUGGAUAGCCUUGUUGGUUUAUUUGCUGCUGGUUGCCAGCCAAGUUCAACAAAUGACCCUUUUGGCCUUAGAAGAAUAUCAUAUGGCUUAGUUCAGAUUUUGGUCGAGAAGGAUAAAAAUGUCAACUUCAAACGUGCUCUAGAACUUGCAGCUAGUGUACAACCAACCAAGGUUGAGGCAAACACUGUAGAAGAUGUGUAUCAAUUUGUUACACGAAGACUGGAACAACUACUGGUUGACAACGGAGUAAGCCCUGAAGUAGUUAGGUCUGUCCUAGCAGAGCGUGGAAACAAUCCUUGUCUGGCAGCACGGACUGCAUACAAGAUGGAAAAGCUAAGCAAAGGUGAGAUAUUUCCGAAGAUAGUGGAAGCAUAUUCUCGUCCCACACGCAUUGUCCGAGGGAAAGACGUUGGUGUUGGAGUUGAGGUGGAUGAGAAUGCAUUUGAGACUUCCCAAGAGAGAGCGUUGUGGAGUACUUACACCUCUAUUAAAGAUCGAAUUCACACUGGCAUAGAAAUAGAGGAGUUCACCGAGGUAUCCAUGCAAUUGGUGGAGCCACUCGAGGAUUUCUUCAACAAUGUAUUCGUGAUGGUGGAGGAAGAAAGAGUGAGGAAGAACAGACUCGCUCUGCUCAAUAACAUUGCCAAUCUUCCCACAGGAGUCAUUGACCUCUCAUUUUUGCCAGGAUUUUGAGCCUUUUACUUGUUUCAUAAUCCCCACUCAGGAAUCAUCAAUUCAUUGACCUCUCAUUUUUUCUGUGUUUCAUAACCUCAUAUAGGUUUGUGUUAAUUUUAAAGAAAUUCAAACUAAAACU